CCAUUUGGCAGCAGAGAGGUUCAGGUGGGUUUCUUUUUGCCUUCCCCAGAUCCCAUUCCACCUGGACAUAUUUCCCCAAUCCACCACGAGUGCUGGGCAUCCAACCCUUGAUCCCGCCCACCUGAAGCAAAGUCGCGAUUCCAGAAAGAGACGUGUUCCGGCCCCCCAGAAGCUUGGUGAAUUUGGCCCUGUAACAGCUGCUUGCAGUUGCUGUGCCAGAUCGCCCGACAGCCGUCAACCACUCAAUCCGUGGACCCCUCUCUCCCCACUGGCUCACAAGGAAGCUUGACAGUCGCCAGCAACCUCCGUCACCUGCUCACGACGUCGCCCCUUCCCAAAGAAAUCAACGUUGCUCCUCAGUGACUGCCAAAGUAGCUUUUGGUCGUAGGAUAUGGCCGACAACCAGCACAAUGGCGACGCUGCGUCGCCGAAUGCCAUGCUGCUAGACCAACCCGAAGAACAUAUCGUCGAGCCAAACGGCACCGAGUCCGAAGAUGUCGCCAUCAUCAACCCCGACAGCAUGGAGACGGAUGUUGUACUCGCCACAGAUAGUGAUGCCAUGAAGGAAAUAGUGCUUCCUCCGCUCGCCGAAGAGCCCCGGAUUCUCGAAGAUGUCGUCCACACCUGGGAAGUGCAAGGAUGGCGCACGAUGAAUAAGAAGGAGCGAGGGCCCAUAUUCCAGGCUGGAGGUUACCCAUGGCGGAUCCUACUCUUUCCACACGGUAAUAAUGUCUUGGACCAGUGCUCCAUUUACCUGGAGCAUGGUUUCGACACCAACAGUGUUCCCGACAACUGGAGCUGCUGUGUGCAGUUUGCCCUCGUCCUGUGGAAUCCCAAAGACCCAUCCCUAAUGUUUCAUCACUCGGCGCAUCAUCGAUUCACCAAGGAGGAGAGCGACUGGGGCUUCACUAGGUUUCUGGAGUGCCGGAAGAUGUUCAAUGUUGUCUGGGAGACUGCAGACAGGCCUCUGGUGGAAAACGAUGCUGCCAACAUCACCGCUUUCGUCAGAGUUGUCGAGGACGAAACGGGCGUUUUAUGGCACAACUUCAACAACUACGAUUCCAAGAAGGAGACUGGCUACGUUGGUCUUAAGAACCAAGGCGCUACCUGUUACCUCAACUCACUCCUUCAGUCAUUAUACUUUACCAAUGCUUUCCGCAAGGCCAUUUACAGUAUCCCCACAGAGCACGAAGAGGAUAUGAAAAACAGCGCUUAUACACUGCAGAGACUCUUCUACCAACUUCAGACUUCGAAUGUCGCUGUUAGCACCAACGAGCUCACCAAGUCUUUUGGCUGGGAAACGCGGCACAUUUUUGAGCAGCAAGAUGUGCAAGAGCUUUCUAGGAAGCUCAUGGAGCGUAUGGAGGACAAGAUGAAGGGCACCGACCUGGAAAAGGCGCUUCCCAUGAUGUUCAGCGGCAAGAUCAAAACCUACAUCUCCUGCAUCAACGUCCCCUACGAAUCAAGUCGCGUCGAGGACUUUUGGGACGUUCAGCUUAAUGUCAGCGGGAACGCGAAUCUGCUGGAUAGUUUUCAAGACUACAUCCAGGUGGAGAAGCUCGACGGAGAAAACCAGUACUUUGCCGGAGACACGUACAAGUUGCAGGACGCCGACAAGGGAGUCAUCUUCAACAGCUUCCCAGACGUCCUCCAUUUGCAGCUGAAGCGGUUCGAGUACGACAUCAAUCUCGACACUAUGAUGAAGAUCAAUGAUCGCUACGAGUUUCCCGAGGAGUUUGAUGCCUCAGCCUAUCUGUCAAAGGAGGCUGAUAGGUCCGAGCCAUGGGAAUACGAGCUUCACGGUGUUCUGGUACACAGCGGUGAUCUCAAUGCGGGUCACUACUAUGCGUUCCUGAAACCAGAAAAGGACGGCUGGUGGUACAAAUAUGACGAUGAUAAGGUCACCAAGGCCACGAAACGCGAAGUCCUGGAGGAGAACUUUGGCGGCUUCUACAAGACAACUGGUGGCCGUCCCCAACUCAACGCCAAGAAACAACCCAUCAUGCGGCCAAACAGCGCCUACAUGCUGGUUUACAUCCGGAAGUCGAGAUUGGACAAGAUUCUCUGCCCUGUCACGCCAGCCGAUGCUCCGGAACAUCUCCAGAAAAGGUUCGAGCAAGAACAUGCUGCCCGUGAAGCUAAGCGCAAGGAGAGAGAAGAGCAACACCUUUACCUCGGGGUCAAAGCCGUCACAGAUGAGACGUUCAAGGCUCAUGGCGGAGUUGACCUGACGGCAUUUGAUGCCGCCGUGGGUUCAGAACCGGGCUCCUACAAGCAGUACAAGCUCCUUCGCACGGCGUCAAUGGCAGACUUGGCCAACGAGAUAGCCACCGACAUUGGAGAGGAUCCAAGACGCGUGCGAUUAUGGAUCAUGGUGAACCGGCAAAACAAGACAGUCAGACCAGACCAGCCAGUGAUGGAUCUUCGCCCGACAGUCGAAGAGACGUACAGCAGAGCCACGGCACACCGGGAUCAAGCGCUCCGUGUGUGGGUUGAAAUUGCUGACGAAGUCGACGCUGAUGGGGCUGCCGUCUGGCCGACCUAUCCCGGGCUCCCGAAUGGUGUGGUUGUCAAAAAUGACUUGAUCCUACUCUUCCUGAAAUGGUUCGACGUCGAGUCGCAGUGCUUGCGGGGUGUUGGCCACAUUUAUUUCAGCAAGGAAAAGAAGGUUGAGGAUCUCAUUCCGGUCAUUUUGAAAAAGAUGAACUGGGGCGAGAAGCUGCCCAGUGACGAAAAGAUCAUGUUGUGGGAAGAAAUCAAGCCUAGCAUGAUCGAGGGUCUCAAGGUCAAGCUGACGCUGAAAGCUGCCGAGCUUCAAGAUGGAGACAUUAUUUGCUUCCAGCGAACCCGUGACGAGAAGAAGUACAAAUUGGGGCUCGGCGCCGAAAGGCAGGGCUCUGAAGAAACGGCGGUCGAUCGCUACGAGGAUGUUCGGGAUUACUACGACUUUCUCAACAACAAGAAGAAUGUGGAUUUCCACGCUCACCCCCAGAAGUGCGAUCCCAAGCAGUACCCGGAGUUCAGUCUGGUUCUCAACACGAAAAUGAACUACGACAAGCUGUGUGAGAAGGUUGGUGAGAAGCUCAACGUUGAGCCAACGCACCUGCGGUUUUACACGGUUAAUGCUAGCUCUAACAACCCCCGGACGGCGGUGAAGCGUGGGCAUCAGUCGUUGGCCAAUAUCCUCAUCCCGGCCGGUUACGGACAACUUAACAUGAAUCAGCGUAACGAUGCUCUGUAUUUUGAGGUGCUCGACAUGAGCUUGGCCGAGUUGGAUACCAAGAAGAGCAUCAAAAUCACGUGGCUGAGUGAGGGCAUCACCAAGGAGGAGCAGUUCGAUGUCUUGGUGCCCAAGAGCGGCCAUGUGGAAGACCUUAUCGAGGCUCUGGUCAAGAAGGCCAAAAUUCCGAGCGAGGAAGAGGCGGGCAAGAUCCGCGUCUAUGAAACUAGCAGUCAUCACAAGUGGUUCAGAGAUCUGGCCAGAGACUAUUCGGUGCUCAGCAUUAACGAUUACACAUCGGUGAUAGCUGAGCGGAUGCCCGCUGAGGAUGCUGCGGUUUCGGACCAAGCAAACUUCAUUUCCUGCUUCCACUUCCACGGCGAGCCCAGCAGAGCGCAUGGAAUCCCGUUCCGAUUCUUGGUCAAGGAAGGAGAGAAGUUUGCCGACACCAAGAAGCGGCUGGAACAGCGCACUGGUAUCAAGGGCAAGAGUUUUGAGAAGAUCAAGUUUGCUGUGAUCCGGAGAUCAUCAUUCUCACGACCUCAAUAUUUGGAAGAUGACGAUAUUCUGUGGGACAUUGCAACGAACACGGAUGAUCUGUUGGGAUUAGACCACCCCGAUCGGGCACGAACAACACGGAACGGCGCUGGAGACUUGUUCCUCAAGGGCUGAGUUUUGAAACUUUGGAAGUAGUAGACAAGGUGCGGUUAUUGUUUUAUGUAGAUGAUGAUCGUUGUUGCUGCUCGAUGUUGUUAGAGACACAGCGGCAGCGCGUUGUAUAUGUACAUCCCUGUCAGUGUUUUUAUCGGGGCGCUCGUUUUGUUAGCUUGGGUUUUUUUUUUUUUUUUUUUUUUUUGGUUUCUCAGGCCUAUUGAUGGAAAGAAAAAUGGGGCAUUCAAUUUUUUUCUGGGAUGAUGGAUGGUGUGUGUGGUUGGGGGUGGUUUUUCAUUUUGUUAUAUUUGUGAGGUCGAGAAGGAGUGGAGGAACGUGAAGGAUACGCCCUCGCCUCCUUGACUAAGGAGGUUUUGGUUGUGCAGUGUGGGACGACCUGAUGGCGAACAUGUGUGUGUGAGAGAGAGAGCAAGCAAAGAUGCACGGGCGAUGGAUGGAUGGGACUUGGUUCAUAGGGAGGGGCAUGAUUGAUAGGAACUUGUAUGGAAUGUUAUUUUUAACCUCGUUUGUUUUGCAUGUGACCGCAGUGAAAGAGAGGUUCGCAACAAAUACCCGAUAUAUCUGACAUUACUUUCAUACGGAUACUGUGUGUGAUUUAGGUGUGAGAAGUUGAGAGAGAGGAAAAAUAUGUAGGUAGUAUCUUUCUCGCCGCG